CUCAGAGCCAGGAGCACGUUUCUCGGGAGCUGGGAGCAAGCAUGAGCGGCUCGGAGAGGCUGGCGAGCGGGCAGAGGGGCUCCAGCCGCCGGAGCAGCGCUGCCAGCAGCGGGGGAGCAUCGGACAGUCCGGGGGAUGAGCCCGGCUCCGUGUCCGCCGGCAGCUACUGGCAGGACCCGCUGGCGAUCGACAUGAGCCGGCGGGCAGUGCCUGCUCCCCGGGUCCGCAGGGCACUCCGAGCCGUCUAUGUGAUCAAUGAGACGGUGAAUCCACAGUCCCCGGACAGCCUGGCACUUAAGUGCCUCCGGGAAGCUUGCGAAGAUGCCCACGCUGUCCUGGAAACAGUGCCCUUUGGCAGGUUGGUGCUGGGGGAGACUGGCACCUUGGACUGUUUCUACAAUGCAGAUGUCGCAGUGGUGGAGAUGUCUGACCCUUACUGUCAACCUUCACUGUUUUAUCACCUUGGGGUACGGGAGAGUUUCAGUAUGACGAACAACGUGGUGCUCUGCUGUGACAGCAAUCUUACAUCACUGCAGUCACUACAGGGGUGUUAUGGGAACUACAUCUUCAUUCCGUACAUUGUGACGCCCAGUGGUAAGGUCUUCUGCUGUGAAGCCAGUAUGAUGAAGUGCCUGACCGAGAUGUUCCAACCUCACUUUAACCUGGAGCCUCUCCUCAUGCCCUUGGUCGAUCGCCUGACUAAAUUGCUGGAGGAGACCCAGAUCAACUCUUGUGAAUAUUUCCGGGAAAGCAUUCGGAAUGAAAUCCGCAAAGCAAGGGAAAUGUACAGUGGAAAGGAGCUGCGACAAGCACUUGCACGAAUCCAACUGCAGCUGGACAGUGUGGAGCUUCUGAGCGCUGACAUUGUAAUGAACCUACUGCUGUCAUACCGUGACAUUCAGGAUCUCGAUGCAACUAUCAAGCUGGUGGAAACCCUGCAGAAACUGCCAACGUGCAAUGUGGCGGAACUCCCAAAUAUUAAGUUUCAUUACUGCUUUGCACUAAACAGGAGGAACCAACCUGGAGAUCGGGAGAGAGCACUGUCCGUGAUCCUGCCGGUAGUGAACACUGGGAAGCAGAUCUCAUCUGAUCUUUACUGCCUGUGUGGGCGCAUAUACAAAGAUAUCUUCAUCAGCUCUGACUUCACUGACUAUGAGAGCCGAGACAAGUCUUGUUACUGGUAUGGGAUGGCCUUUGAGCAUGAGCCCACAUUGCACUCAGGGAUUAAUGUUGCUGUGUUCCUCAUGGCAGCCGGCCAUAAGUUUGACACCUCACCUGAGCUUCGGAAGAUAGGUAUGAAGCUGAGCAGCUUGCUGGGACGGAAGGGAAGUCUGGAGAAGAUGCAGUUCUACUGGGAUGUGGGCUUUUUCUUGGGCGCCAGCAUCUUAUUCAAUGACCAGACAAAGAUCAUUCAGGCCUCGGAGAAGCUGUACAGAUUGAAUGCACCUGUCUGGUACCUGGCAUCCGCAAUGGAGACCUACUUACUCUACAGGCGCUUCAAGAUGGACACUAGUGAGCAGCCUUUGGCCAAACAGGACCUGGUAGACUUCUGGAUGGAAUUCCUAUUGUCAAUCUGCAGGGACAAGGCACCCACAGACAAAUUCCUGGUCCUCAUCCUGGAGCCAACAAAAGUCUUCCAGCCCACACACCUGACUGUGAACAGCAGUGACAAGGACCAGGCUGUGAGCAUGUGGCAUGUCUCACCUGCUGAAGAGAAUGGAAUCCACACGUGGACAUUCAGUGCAGCCUCCAUCCGUGGUGUCAGCGUCUCAAAGUGUAACGAACGUUGCUGCUUUCUCUACGUGCUGCACAACUUUGAUGACUUCCAGCUCUACUUUCCAACGGAACUGCACUGUAAGAGGUUCUGUGAGCUGCUGAAUUCUUUCUCUGAGGAAUCCCAGUUGAAUGCAGAUGAUGCGCUGAGAGUGAUGGACGAUCUAUUGGAGUAUAAGUAUGAAUACACCGAGAACGGAGAAAGGCUGAUUCUGGGGAAGGGAACUUAUGGGAUUGUGUACGCAGGACGGGACAUGAACAAUCAAGUCCGCAUCGCCAUCAAAGAAAUUCCAGAAAGAGACAACAGGUACUCACAGCCUCUUCAUGAAGAAAUCGCUCUCCAUAAGCACUUGAAACACCGGAAUAUUGUCCAGUAUAUGGGAUCAGUUAGUCAGGAUGGAUAUAUCAAAAUCUUCAUGGAGGAGGUCCCAGGAGGAAGCCUGUCCGCACUGCUGUGCUCCAAGUGGGGUCCACUCAAGGACAAUGAAGCCACAAUCAUUUUCUACACCCGACAGAUCCUGGAAGGCCUUAAGUACCUGCACGAGAAUCAGAUUGUGCACAGGGACAUUAAGGGAGACAAUGUGCUGAUAAACACGUACAGUGGAUUGCUGAAAAUCUCGGACUUUGGAACAUCCAAGAGGCUGGCAGGGAUCAAUCCCUGUACGGAAACUUUCACAGGCACCCUUCAAUACAUGGCCCCUGAGAUCAUCGACAAAGGACCAAGAGGUUACGGCAAGCCUGCGGAUAUCUGGUCCCUGGCCUGUACCGUCAUUGAAAUGGCCACAGGAAAGCCUCCCUUUUUUGAACUGGGGGAGCCUCAGGCUGCAAUGUUUAAGGUGGGAAUGUUUAAAAUCCAUCCGGAAAUCCCGGAGUCCAUGUCCCCAGACGCUAAGGCUUUCCUCCUACGUGGCUUUGAACCCAAUCCUGACAAACGGGCCAUGGCAGCCGAGCUCCUCAAGGACCCAUUCCUGAGCCGGAAGAAAACGAAACCCACUCCGAAGCCAGGUGAAUUUCAUCACAGUCUAUCAGUCCCUGCAUUGGGAUACCUAAAGGAAGUGGGUGAGAGCAGGCAGCCUUUGGAAUUUAAGCUCAACAGCCCUUUCCUGAGUCGAAGCUGCUCGAUCCCAGGUCCGUCUGCCAAAAGCAGCUCACCAAAACAGGAGUUUCUGAGUGUGCUUGAGGAACAAGUGGAUGAUUUUAGCGCCCCAUCUUCACCGGAAGAAAAUGCUGGAUUGUUCCUCCUGAAGAAAGACAGCGAGCGCAGAGACGCACUGUUCAAAAUCCUGACAGAGGACUGUGAAACUGUGGUCCAGAACAUUCUAGAAGCCCAGGCACAGAACUCUGACUCCAAGUUAACAUCUGAACACAUCCGGCAACUGGUGACCUGCCUGAAGGACUACAUUCGAACUUCGGACCACAAGCUGAUUGUCAAGGUCUUGUUGAACCUGCAGACAGAGUUACACUUUGACAAAGGAGGGCUCAACGAAAUCCAGAUUGUCAUCUUCAGCUUCCAGGAUGCUGUGAUUAAACUCCUUCGCCGUAACCAGAUUAAACCUCAUUGGAUGUUUGCCCUGGACAACAUUAUUCGCAAGGCCAUGCAGAUAGCCUUAAGCAUGCUCAUCCCAGAAUCAAAGCCCCAGAGUCAGGGCUCCUUUGACGAAGACACAAAUGAGCACAGCAUGGACAACAUUCCGGGGAAGUGGAGCGGGAGUGAGUCUGACGUGAGGGAACGGGAAGCUCUGGAGCUGCAGAUGGAUGGCGCAGGGACCUCGGGUGUGAGCACGCUCAGUCGCUCCGUGUCCCACGAUUCCCAACAAAACGCCUGCCCCCUGAUUGUGCAGCUCAGCAGACUGAGGGCAGAAUCAAACCGCCUCCUGGAAGACCUUGCAGAGAAAGAGAGAGAGUUCCAACAACUUCUACAACUGACAAUCCAUCAAAAGGACCAUAGCCUUAAGUCACUACGAAAGAGAUCCGAAUCCUCAGAUGUCUACUCAGACUUCGAAUCUGCUCCUGUGGACUCUGAAACAGAGGAGCUUACACAGUGGCUGUUAACAUCUCAAGUUGAUCAACAAACAAUUGACAAGAUUGUAGCCAAUGGGUACACGCUGCAAGAUCUUCUGACUGAUGCCACAAGAGAUGAUUUGAAAUACUCCCGGAUCAGAUGUCACCUAACCCCAGCACCUUCAGUAUUUUUGUGUAUUUAUUUCAACUGUCUAACUUUUGCCGUAUUUUACUUUUUGUGCUCCCACCUGACAUUGUGAGUUCUCAGACUCAAUUCACCCCCAAAAUUUGCAUCCCAAAUUUUAUCCGAACCGAAACUGUUUGGCUUUAUUCCACUAGAGGCUGCAGUUUUAACACAUAAAUGGCAUAACCUGAACUGAAGAGGAGAAUAUUCCCAUUUUGCAUCAACAGUCCAACAACGUUUGAACAUUCAGGACAAAGGAGGGCUGUGGUGUACAAGAUCUGCUAAUGGGUAACUGUUUCAAUCAAGAGCAAAAACUCAGGCAAUCAAACUGCCCAAUUUCAUGAGGGAGAGAAGCUUGGAAAGUGAAAGAUUGUCUGUCUUUCCUGGGAGCCCGUAAGGAAGGCUUCAAACUAGCUGUAGAUCUUGCUGAAUGCAUUCUUCAUUGUUAGUGGCUGGUAACAAACUCAACCUCACUCACACACUUGGUCAUGAGAAAUGGUCUUUGAAAGAUUGAGAAUUUCUUUAAAAAUAUUUGCCCCAAAUGUCCUAAGAAGUAACGGAAGUCUGUUGGCUGCAGGGCUUUCUGUCCUCUCCCACACAUGGGCAUCCUUUGGGCCUGGGAUAAGGUUGACCCUAGCAUUACCUGAGUUCAGCCAACUCAGUAUUGGAGUUGAUAAUGUUUCAAUAUCAAACAGCCACUUCCUGCCAUGUGCACUCUCUCCACUGCAUAUAGACCGCUUGCCUGUCACACACAUACAUCACAAGCAGUAGGCUGGUGCACAUUGUUAUAUUCAAUGUAUACACCAUGUGGUGUAGUUACCCACUCCGUCCUCUCGGUAUAUUUGUGGUCCAUUUUUCUCUCUGCCUGUCUGUGUUUCCGAAACCAUUCACUCUGUGUUCAGUAUCUUACCCCUGGUGUCCUUUUAAACAAGUGUGAAUCUUGACAGGGAGUGUUUAAUCAUCAGAAGGGGAGCCUUAGGCAGCCUUCACACACACACACAGACACACACACACAGACACACACACACAGACACACACGUUUCUAUCAGGACUGGGAAAACUGGUUAAUGUUCCUGCUCCCUAGCCUAAGGAUAUCAAUUAGACACCACAGCUCUCCUUGAUGAGAUCAGUUCAAUACGCACAGCUGGGGAACCGGCUCUGGGACCUUUCUUACCUAUUGUGGCUCAGUACCUCAUCACACAGACACCUCUGCCAGCUCCGAUCUUGGUGAAGCUGCACAGUGACCCGACAGGAAGAACAAUUAUCCACAACCCUCCAGUUGCCAUUCCAUAAGUCUCCACUUUCUUCCCUCGAGUUGCAACCUGUAAUUGUGUCCUUGGAAAGAGUGAAAUCAUAUACAGAGCCGGGCUGGUGGGGUGGGGGGGGUGCGGAAAUGAGAGAAAUUCUCAGGAUUUAGAUUUGAUGCAAGUGCGUACAAUGUAUUCCAAGCAAACUGAUCUCCCCAUUAAACCCAUGUAAUUGGUCCUGUGGUUGGAAAGUACUAUUAUGAGGUGUGGUGUAAUGUGAGUUCUAAUCUUGUCAAUAAGAUUGCGUUUGUUUAUUUGGGAAAAUGUUCCCACUUACACUGGAUUUGCCUCCUUUCUGUGUGAUCUCCCCACUGGCCCAUUUAAUUUGAGCAGCCCAGAAUCUGAGAUUUUCACAGAGGUUGCAAAACGGCGUGGUUGGCAGCUCCCCAAACAAGUGUGCGUGUGUUUUAUUAAAUACAGCUGUACUGCUUGAUGUGGUAAUUCUUUGCCUUUUGUUGUCUCAGUUUAGCUGCUUCGCAUGCUGUGAAGAUUGCUGGGCAAGACUGUUUGUAUUCUUGUGUCAGCAAAUUUGCCGAAUGUUUGGAUUUGUCAAUUCAAAAGAUUUCUGUGUGACCGUUUAUUGAUGUGUUUUGUUGUCUAAUGUGUACAUGUGAAGUGUGUAAACACAGAGAGAGAGAGAGUGACGUGCACAUGCACUAAGUGUGUGCAUUUCUGUUAUUCCUUCACAGAAGAAUAAGAGGCACUUUUAUCAAAGCACAUAUAAGGAUCCUGGGGUGUUUGAAGUGGGUAGAGGCUGAGAAGAUAUUUUCUCCUGAACCAGGGGCACAGUUUCAAAAGUUGCCUCCCAUUUAAGAUGCAGAUGAGGAUUAAUUUCUUCAUCACAGGAAUUGUUCAUCUCUGGCAUUCUCUUCCCCAAUAGCAGAGCAGGCUGAGUCAUUAAAUAUAUUCCAGGCUGAGUUAUGCAGAUUUUUAAAAUGGAAAAGAGUCAAGAGUUAUAAGAAGUGGUAGGCUGGAAAAUGGUGUUGAGACUAAGAUUAGAUGAGCCAUGUAUCUGUUAUUUCAUGAGCUGCCAUUGAAGAAAGACCUGCAUCUAUAAAGCUGCUUUUGUGAUUUCAGGAUGGCCAAAAGCACUUUUCAGCUCUAGGAAAAGGUUUGAAGUAAGAAAUACAACAGAACGGGGCAAACUCCCACAAAUAGGUAAUGUCCUAUAGGGCAGAUAAUCCGUUUAUUUUAAGGGGAUAAAUAUUGGACAGGACACGAGGAGAAUUCUUUGCUCUUUCAAAUAGCUCCAUGGGUAACCUAUGCUGGAGGGUGAACAAGAAGGUAGCCAUGAGCUGCCUUGUUGAAUUGCUGCAGGUGCCCUGCUCUGGGUAGACCCACAAUGCCAUUAGGGAGGGAUUCCACGAUUUUGACCCAGUGCCACUGAAGGGAAUAGCGACAUAUAUCCUGGUCAGGAUGUUGCGUUGCUUGGAAGUGAACUUGUGGUGGUUUUCCCAUGAAUUUGCUGGCCUUGUCCUUCUGGUGGUAGUGGUCAUGGUUUGGAAAGUAUUGUUGAUUGAGACUUGAUGAGUUGCUGCAGUGUGUCUUGUAAGCAUUAAGUAUCUUGUACUUGGUACAGAUUGCUGCCAUUGUGCAUUGGUGGUUGAAGGAUAGAGCAUUAAAAGUGGUGGAAAUAAUUUAAGUGAGCAGCAUUGUCCUGGGUGGUGCCAUGCUUCUUGAGUGCUGUUGGAGCAGUACCAAUCCAGGCCAGUGAGGAGUAUUCCCUCAUACUCCUGAUUUGUGCCUUGUGGAUAAAGGACAGGCUUUGGGGGAGUCAGGAAGUGAGUUACUCACCACAUUAUUCCUAAACUAUGAGUUACUCCUGCACCCACAGUGUUUAUAUGGCAAAAUUCUGGCCAGUGGUAAUCCCUGGAGAUGUUGAAAGUAGGGAAUGGAGCAAAUGUAAUGUGAUUGAAUGUCAAGACGGGAUGAUUAGUAUUUUCUCUUCUGUGGCACAAAUAUUACCCGUCUGCAAAGAGAGGGUGAGCCUAACCAAAGCAGUUGCUGCCCUGUUAGUCUCCUGCCAACCAUCAAUGAAGUGCUGAAAUUAAUUGCACACUAUGAUUUAGGCACAUAUCACUGUGAAUGGAUCAGUAUCCUGAGGUACACUAAAAUACGAACACCAUAGGAACUGCAGUAGUUCAAGAGGGAGGCACACUAGCGAGCUGUCUGCAACAGGCAAUAAAUGCUGACCACAUCCAGAAACCAGCCCACAAUGCAUAUUGUGGAAGGGUAUGUGCAAACACAAUUUGCUGUCAGUGUGUACUGUCCAAUAUAACAUAGCCAUAACUCUGGUUACAGAGACUGGAGAUUGACAGUGUGCAUUGCGAGCGAAAGCUGGAAUGAGUUAUACUUACUUACUCCCUAAUUGCAAGAAUCACUUUAUUUCAAAAUUUAAAAUUUCUCACAGGAUAAAUCAAACACAACUCAAUUUGAUAACACAUGCAUUCAUAUCCCAGGUAAGAGGUGGCCUGAAUAAUGGGUCUAUGUUCAAACUGUUGUUGCACAAUGUUAAGAGCUGUACAGGGGUGGAGUUUGGACAAAAUUAUGGAUGUUUGCUAAUUAACUAGAAAAUGAGCAGUGGUGUGAACUGCCUGAAAUAGCUUUGUGCAACAAUGUUGAUGAAAACUGGUUAGUGGUAUUCGCUGAUGUUGCCCACUAUACCUGGGAUGGUGAAAGUUGUCAGCACAUUGAAAAUGUGUGAUGGGCCACAACCUCACAGGUUAAUACAAGACAAUUAAGUGUUAGUUACCGGUAAAUAACCCAGUGACAAUUACUGAGGUACAAUCCUGUGACAGUUGUGUAUGGCCGCAAGUUGCUGGAUGAUCACUCUGCUUCUCUUAAUCUCUUGAAAGCACGCCCAUCUGAACGAAUGACUGCAUUUGAUCUGAUAAACUUGCAGUGGAAAGUUAAAGCUAAGGAGCCUAUUAACAAGACCAUUUCCGUUCCUACAAUGCAUGUCCACCAAUUUGGCCAAAGGAUACGUUUUAAAUCGUGGAUGUAACUCCUUUAAAGGAUAACUUGUUCACCAAGAUCCCAGUUAUACAGUUGUCUGCUCCGUAUUAGUACCAUAAGACCAUAAGAAUUAGAAGCAGGAGUAAGCUGGCCGUCCCCUCAAGCUUGCUCUGCCAUUCUUGGUCGAUCUGACUCUCCUCAUAUCCACUUUCCUGCCCUUUCCCCAUAAACCCAAGUUCCCCAAGUGAUUAUUAUCAGUACACACUGCCAGUAAUUCACAAUGCAAAACAUUUUUGAGCUGAAGGUUCGAAAGAAAUGUCUAACAAUUCGUGAUAACGUGGUGUAGAGCUGGAUGAACCUGAGAUAACACGGCGUGGAGUUCAUCCAGUCUACACAGAAUUAUCUCAGGGUUCAUCCAGCUCUACACUAUUAUCUCAGGGUUCAUCCAGCUCUACACCAUAUUAUCUCAGGGUUCAUUUAACUCUACACUGUGUUAUUUCAGAUUCUCCAGCAUUGGCAGUUCCUACUAUCUCUCUAACAAUUAGUGGUCUGCUUUGGGCCAAUAUGCAUAUAUAUAUGUACUUAUAAACAGCAAUACAUGUAUGAUACAGGAGAGAGGGAGCACUGUGUACUUAUAAGACAGGAUCUGUCUCCACACUCACUAAAGGAUGUCUUUCUGUGUUAGGGGUGGAAUGCUGUGCAGACUCUGGGCUGCAAUCAGUGCCCACAGGAAGACGAAAGGCAAGAUAUAAGCACCGGCCAACCCACUGCUUAUUUUCAGAAACGAGACUUUGCCUCAGCCCAGGCUAGACCACACGCCACGACCCAUGAUAGAGACGCGGGUGAAAGGCCCAUCACGGUAGGGAGAGGGCUGAGGUAGAUACUGCAGACUGUCUCACACUGUCGGUAAUUGUGGGUGCCAUGUGUUGAAUCUCAGAGCUGCACUGCUUUCAGGUUUAUUUAACCUACUGUGCAACAUCUCACAGCUGGAAACAUGUUGAUGAUCACACUUUGUGCUGGUUCAAUGGCCGCGAUGUGUGUGUAUGAUCAUAGCAUUGUUUACAUCACAAAUAACCAGCAUGACCCACAGGGUCUGAUAUUUUAGGAGAAUGUGUAGAAGGCAAUACAUGUAAUAAAUAUUCUUUGUAGGUGAUCUAAGUUCCUGAGAAGCACUUGAUUUCCCAGUAGGAUUACAGAUUGUCUCACUUCAACUUAUUUUCUGUGGAAUAAGCUAAGACAAACCAGCAGGGCCACCUAUCAUUAUCCCAGUGUACACAACACUGAACACCAUUCGGCAUACUCUUACUAAUCUCUAAGCGAAUGGUUCUAAAACUCAUGCUGUUAACUGUUGACUAAGAGUCUACAAACAAGUGCAUAAAGAGGUCACCCCACUGUACAGGAUCCAGUUUUUUUUUAAUAAAACUGGUUCGGAAUGUUAAACAAACAGUCAACACAGCUGGAAUUGGAAUCCUGCAAGAUCCGGAGUCGAAUGAUCUUGUGUCAUCACAUUUAUUACAUUCCAAGCUUUUGACUGCCCCGCAGUUAAUUCAGUAGAAUUAACCGCCAGGCCCCAUUUAACCUGCCUAAGGCACUUAGUGACCUCAUCUAUUGAUUACUGUCUGCAUGGUAUAUUUCUAUAAGGACAAGAACAAGCCUAUUUGCCCAUUCUGCCACGCUACUCAAGUGUGCUUAAUCUGUGCCUCGGCCCAGGUGCAUUACCUGCUUUUGCUCCAAGUCGCCCCAAAGCCCUAAUACCCAACACAAAUCCACGUCUCAAACUGUUCCCAAUGACACUUACUAUCCACAGCUCUUUGACAAAGAGAAAGCUUUUACUGCUCUCCUCCUGAAUGGCUAAAUUUCAAUAUAACUAUUAUCCUGCCUUGUUCUCAACUCCCUCAGUAGAAAGAGUAGAUUCACUUUAUCCAUCCUUUCAAAUCCAUUUACCAUUUGAAUCUUGCAAUAAGUCCAUGUAUCUUGCUUUUAUUUGCAAAGGCGCAUAUCUAAACAAUGGGUCCUCAUGUCCUAGCCACUCUGCGUUAAAAAAUUUUUCUCAUGUUUGCAUUUUAUGUUUUGCCUAUGGCCUCAAAUCCACGUCCACUGCUUUUUGAUCAUUCCGAUGCAAUGGGAACAGUUUCUCCAGAUCUACUCUGUCCAAGCUCCUUGUGAUUUUGAAUAGCAUUUUCAAAUCUCCUCCAUGGAAAGCAGUCCCAACUGGACCAAUCCAAAACUUGCAAAGCUCUUUAAGGCUUUGAUAGGUAAAUGCUGAGAGGUUGUUUGCCUGUCUACAGAGUCUAGUACUCUGUGUUCUAACUACAGAGAAAGAAGGCUAACUGCUGAGGCCUAAAGUGAGGAGAAAGUUUCUCACUCCGAGAGUUGUGAAUUAUUGAACUCUCUAUCCAGGGGAGUUCGAAGAUGGUGCUGAGAUCAGUAAAAUUUUGGACAUUGGGGAAUAUGGAGAUACUGCUGGGCAGUGACAUUCACACUGGAGUUCAGCAUGAUCUUAUUGAAUAGCAGAGAAAGCUUCAGUGAUCAGAAGUCCAGUUCUGAAAGAGAGUCAACGCGAAACGUUGACUCUGCUUUGUCUCCACAGACCUGCUGAGUUUCUCCAACUGUUUUUGUGUCAUAUGGCCUAUUCCUGCUUCUUAUCUUGUCCAACCCUCUCAGAAACACACCUUGUCCAGUAUUGUUAUAGUAGUGACACCUUCCGGCCCUCAGUUUGGAUUGCUCCAAUCUCAGUCAUGGCUCAGUGGUAGCACUCUCGCUUAAAUCUAAAGGCUGGAGUUCAAACCCCGCUCCAGAAACUUGUGCACAAAACCCAUGCUCCCAGUACAGUACCGAAGGAGCACUGCACUACUGAACUUGCCAUCUUUCUGAUGGGCUGUUAAACCAAAACCGUGUUGAUCCUCUCGCGUGAAUGUGAGAAAAAAACCUAUUAAGUUAUCUUUGAGAAUGCUAGGGAGUUUCCCCACUGUCCUGGUCAAUGUAUAUCCUCCAAACAAAAUCACUAAGAAUGUUUAAUUAACUGUUUACCUCAUUGCUGUUUGUGCAAACAUGCUGUGAAUUUCGCUGCCAUCUUUCUUACACUGCAGCAGUGACUACAAUUCCAAAAAAAAAUCUUUAUUGCCUGUCUAUAAGUUUAGGAUAUCUGGUGCCUGUGAAAGACACUAUAAAUGCAAGAUAUACUUUGUUUCCAUUAAUGACUGCAGUUCACAAAAGUGUAUUGAACUUCUUGGGGUUAUGGAAAAAUGGAUGUGAAUUGUUCUUCUCUGUACAAAAGAAAUGCCAUUGUGACAACAUUUUCUUUGCAACAUGUAAAAAUGCAAAAUUUAUCUUCCAU